CGAUUCUCAGACGUUGGCGAACCGAGAACCGGUGACGUAGACGUUGCCGUCCGCCAUUAUUACAACGCGGCUGCUAUACGCAAAAUUGGACAUACCAGCUACCCAAAAAUAACCAUCGCCAACUGCAGCUCGGAUGCGAAGUGUGCUUGCCAAAAGUCAAACGAAAAUAACGCAGGACCAUAAAUUCCCAUAGUUAUAUUAACAAAUAAUACAAAAAAUAUAAAAAAUGAAAUAUGCUGGCUGAGAGCGCGCGCGGCAUGCGAAUCGAAACGGAAACGUAACGACGGAACGGCGGGCGGCCAAUUGUGAUCUCAUAUAUGAUACGAUCUUAAAUAAAAUACAAAUAUUCUAUUUAGAAAAUGCCAGGAAUCUAGCAACAAAUUGUGCAACGCCGAGCAGAGUAUACCAACUAAACAAAAUAAAUACCGAUAGUUCAAAUUGAACGCAACGAAGUAAUAUUGUGAAUUUCUUAGUGCAAGCCAAAUACAACAAAACACAAAAAAGAAAUGGCGGAAGGUAAUGGCGAACUAUUAGAUGACAUUAACCAGAAAGCCGAUGACCGUGGCGAUGGCGAGCGUACAGAGGACUAUCCCAAGCUGCUGGAAUACGGUCUUGACAAGAAGGUCGCCGGCAAGCUGGAUGAGAUCUACAAAACCGGCAAGUUGGCUCACGCCGAGCUGGACGAGCGCGCCCUGGACGCGCUUAAGGAGUUUCCCGUCGAUGGUGCCUUGAAUGUGUUGGGACAGUUCCUGGAAUCGAACCUGGAGCACGUGUCAAACAAGUCCGCCUACCUAUGUGGCGUGAUGAAGACGUACCGCCAGAAGAGUCGAGCCAGCCAGCAGGGCGUGGCCGCGCCCGCAGCUGUCAAAGGUCCUGACGAGGACAAGAUCAAGAAAAUCCUCGAGCGCACCGGCUACACAUUAGAUGUGACGACAGGUCAGCGUAAAUACGGCGGACCGCCACCGCAUUGGGAGGGAAAUGUGCCAGGCAACGGUUGCGAGGUUUUCUGCGGCAAGAUACCCAAGGACAUGUACGAGGACGAACUGAUUCCGCUCUUCGAGAACUGCGGCAUAAUCUGGGACCUACGCCUCAUGAUGGACCCGAUGACGGGCACAAAUCGUGGUUAUGCAUUUGUCACAUUCACAAAUCGCGAAGCGGCCGUCAAUGCAGUGCGACAGCUCGAUAAUCACGAAAUAAAACCCGGCAAGUGUCUAAAAAUAAAUAUAAGCGUACCGAAUCUGCGCCUUUUCGUAGGCAAUAUUCCCAAGUCAAAGGGCAAAGAUGAAAUUUUAGAGGAAUUUGGUAAACUUACAGCUGGCCUAUACGAGGUAAUCAUAUACAGUUCGCCUGAUGAUAAGAAAAAGAAUCGCGGUUUUUGCUUUCUUGAAUACGAGUCACAUAAGGCGGCAUCUUUGGCCAAACGAAGACUUGGCACAGGAAGAAUUAAGGUUUGGGGAUGUGAUAUAAUAGUCGACUGGGCCGAUCCACAGGAGGAGCCGGAUGAGCAAACUAUGUCCAAGGUUAAAGUUCUUUAUGUGCGAAAUCUUACCCAGGACGUCUCAGAGGAUAAACUAAAGGAACAAUUUGAGCAAUACGGAAAGGUGGAACGCGUUAAGAAAAUCAAAGACUAUGCCUUUAUACACUUUGAGGAUCGUGAUAGCGCCGUCGAAGCUAUGCGUGGCCUUAAUGGCAAGGAGAUCGGCGCCUCGAAUAUUGAGGUCUCUCUAGCCAAACCUCCCUCGGACAAGAAGAAAAAGGAGGAAAUUCUGCGUGCUCGUGAGCGCCGAAUGAUGCAAAUGAUGCAAGCGCGUCCCGGGAUCGUGGGAUUUGAAACCUUAUCUCCAUACAGAAACCUGUCGCCGACACAUCCUAGCAUGAUGUCCUUGACGCCCAUGCGCCUCCAAGGGGCGCGCAUGCCGCUGCGUACGCCGAUACCCCGCGAAUACGACUACGAUUACGACUAUUUCGGGUUCUCGGACUAUCGCCAAGGGCUCUUUGCCAAUGAGUCCUAUUACGAGGACCUGUACCGCUCGUAUGAUGGGGAUUACAACUACUAUGAUUACCCGAACGGAGGAGGGGGCAGCGGGGGAGGAGGGAGUGUGUCCGGCGGUACGGUUGUUCCGCUCUCGGCCGGCGGCUCCCAGAAUUCACCGCUGGCUAGUGGACAGCGAUCGGCCAGAGGAUCGGCCAGCGGUCCCAGUGGUUCCUCGAGCAUUAUGGGAGUUGGUCGUGGGCAUGGAAUCACAGUGCCGCGUGGCAGAGUCGUUGGCCAACGUGGCAGCAUCAGUCGUCUGGGGGCCCAAACAGCGCCACAGGCGGCGGCAGCGGCAGCGGCGGCGGGACAGGCGGCGGCGGCGGUAGCUCAGCGGGGGGCCACCGGUCAGGGGGCGCCGGCAGCAACCGGGGGGGUCCGUGGGGUGGUGCCAACGCGUCCCAGCGCUCGUGGCACCCAGCACGUCAAGCCGCUACAAAAUUUACCAGUAGUCGGUAAACGUAAGUUCGAUGGAGGUCACCAAAAUCCGGCAGAUGUUAAGCGACGUUACCCGAGCGGUUUAAUAGGAAAUGGCGGCAGUUGGGGCAGUUUACCGCUACCACAGCAACCUUUAGGCACCAAUGGUGAACAGUGGUACAUGGAUACGUUUUCGGCAUGGAGUUAAAACCACACAUCAACCCAAUUCAAUCAAUAAAAGCAUCAUUAACGACAACAACAACAACAACAAAAUCAACCACACAAGGAAGUUACAACCACAAAAAUAUAUAACAACGUUCUCCGAGCGACAUCCUGGAGAAAAAUCGAAUCCUUCGCGUCAUAGUAAAACAAAUAGCAACCGUUCGUUAGAGCAAUAAGUUUAAUUUUGAGAAACAAUAUAAGGUAUAAGAACCGCAAUUAGCCACAAUUCAAAAGCAUUGUUAAAGAGACUCGUUUCGAACUUAGUUCUUUUGCUAUGAACGCCGUAGAUUUCGUCCCUCAAAAUAACCAUAAAUAAAGUCAAGAAAUGAAGAAACAAGAAACAAGAAAUCAGCAAUAGCAGCAACAAAUAUGUCGAGUAGAGUAUAUGUAUUGUAUGUAAUCACUAAAAAGCCCUUGCAGCAGAGCAUUUUAAACGAAAUCCUUUCAUUUAGCGAAACAGUUUAGCAGAUUCUCCCAAGACAUUUUUAAAAAGCGUCAGCCUCACAACUUAGAUAAACCAAAGUCGAGUCGUUUUAAAAGUUCACAAGUGUAUAAGGAAAUUUGUCUCAUAGCGUUUUUAACUCGAAAUUGAAACAAUAAUUGAGCAUAUAUAGCAAAACCUAUACGAAAAUUUCAAAGUAUAAAAUAUAUUUAUCUAUAACUAUAUAGAGAGAGCAGUCUAAGCCAGUACAGAUUGAUUUUAAAUCUUAAGCAGCAUGUAGCACCCUUUUAUACAUUGAAAAAACACGAAAACAGGCAAAUUCAAAAUCAAUUCGACUCGAGGACAUUUUACUACAUUUAUAUGCGUACUGGAAAAUUGCGAGCGCUGAAGCUACAUAGAUACAUAUGGAAAACAUAUAUUGACAAACAUAUAUACACGAGAUCAGGCUCAGAUGCAAGUUGAAAAGCAAAGCUUAGUGAGGAACAUUGACUGACAAAAGUAAACAAAAACAACAAAUUAUUAAUUAGAUGGAAUGAGAUGAGUUGAGAUGAGAUGAGAACGAUAAGCAAAUACAAAAAUUAAAACGCAGCCAGCAUUGUUAUAUAAUGCGAUGGCGACGGCAACUGGCAAGACUUUCUGCAUAAAUUUAAAAACCGACUAUUUUUUAACAACGUAAGUUUUAGGCAACUUCAAAUCAAUUAUCUGUCGCAAGUAAACAAAAUAUGUAGAGCUAAGUAAUUGCGCACAUACAAAACUACACCUAAACUCACUGAUAAUACAGAUAGGCAGAUCAAAAUCACAAAUCAACACGAAGUCUAAUGUGACUAAUGUCUGCGAAUCGAAGCAACGAAUUAGGAAGAAAACCGAACACAGACGCGAAGUCAACACAUCACGAACCAGUAAAAUAACAAACCUAAAGUAAAUUGAUUAUAAAUUUUAAUAACACUAACGCAUACUUAAUAUGAGAACUAAACUUAAUAUGAGAACUAAAACUAUAAAAUCAAUUAGCCAACUCUCAAGUGCGAAUUAGCAGAAGACCUAAAACACUAGAACCACUAAAACACAGCUAGGAAUUCUAUUAAAGUCCUCUUAUCUAAUAUCAAAUUCAGAUUAAACUCUUUUCCCACUUUUCUUUACUCAUCUAUAACUGCUACGCACACAGAUAACACUAAAGAUAACACAGCCCUAAGAUAAACUAAAAUUUAUCAAGCUGAAUUGCAAACUUUAACUAGCUCCAUGCCUACAAAAAUUAAUGCCACACACGUGUCAAAAUACGUUUAUAUACUCGUAUAGGGAAAAUUAUUGAAACAAAAUUGUCUGUUUUCAGUUCUAUUUUGCAAAAUUUCGAUAACAAAAUUGUUUGGUUGAACGAAGAACCCUGUCGUUUACGUUUCCGCUAUUGCUAGAUCUCAAGUAAAGCAAAAAGUUAAUUAAUAUAAAUAAAUGUAAAAAACAAAAACAUAUAAAUUAGUUUUAAACUAACGAAAGAAUACUUCCAAUUUUGAACUCAAGUAUAAAGCAAAAUACAAACUGUUGGCAGUUGAUGAAGACGCGUGUGUUUUAAAACGUAUCUAUGAACAUUGUUCAGCAUAAGCCUAAAACAAUAACUUUUUUAAAUUUAAAUUACACAUACACAGACACACACACACACACACACCAAACAGUUGCCUAAAGUAAAAAAUAAAGCAAAUCGAAAUAAUGAUGAAUUAAAACUUGCGCAAAAUUUGCCAACCAGCAAAGAACUUUAAAUACAUAAUAUUAGCCGCAAACAAUAAGAGAAUAUAUACAACAAAUUCUAAAUGACCAUAGUUAAGCUUAAAUUUAGUAACACACACACACACUCACACACACAUAUACACAUAAUUAUUAAAGUAAACUGUCGUUGUAGAGGAUGAUGAGAAGUGUGCGCCAUUUUCUAACUACAAUAACAAGAGACAAAUUACUAAAAUUUACUUCUUACCCAAUUUUAUUUUUGAUAAGUUUUCUUAUGAGUUUCCUUGAAUAUUUUACUUUUUUAUUGAGAGAGCAUUUCACGCAACUGCAAUUGAUUGUUG